CUUAAGGGUACACGAGUAUGGAUUCCAGAUUCUGAAGAGGUAUGGAAGUCUGCAGAGCUGAUGAAAAGUUACAAAGAAGGUGAUAAAUGUCUGUCUCUUCGACUGGAAGAUGGCACAGAAAUGGAGAAUCCCAUUGACCCCAAAACAAACCAACUUCCCUUUCUGCGAAAUCCAGAUAUCUUGGUGGGAGAGAAUGACCUUACAGCCCUUAGCUACCUCCAUGAACCUGCUGUUCUUCAUAAUCUUAAAGUGAGAUUUCUUGAAUACAACACUAUAUACACAUAUUGUGGUAUCGUUCUGGUGGCUAUUAACCCUUAUGAACAGUUGAACAUCUAUGGCGAGGACAUCAUUUAUGCAUAUAGUGGACAAAAUAUGGGUGAUAUGGACCCUCAUAUCUUUGCAGUUGCAGAAGAAGCAUACAAGCAGAUGGCCAGGGAUGAGAAGAACCAAUCACUUAUUAUAAGUGGAGAAUCUGGAGCUGGUAAAACUGUCUCUGCCAAAUAUGCUAUGAGAUACUUUGCUACUGUUGGUGGGUCGGUAAAUGACACAAAUGUGGAAGAAAAAGUUUUGGCAUCCAAUCCUAUAAUGGAGUCCAUUGGGAAUGCCAAAACUACAAGGAAUGAUAACAGCAGUCGCUUUGGGAAGUACAUUGAAAUUGGUUUCAAUCAUAAGUACCACAUAACUGGUGCGCAUAUGAGAACAUAUCUUCUGGAGAAAUCCCGUGUUGUUUUUCAAGCUGAAGAAGAGAGGAACUACCAUAUAUUUUACCAACUGUGUGCCUCAGCCAGUCUACCGGAGUUUUCAGCAUUAGCUAUAAGUAGUGCAGGACACUUCCAUUAUACAAAUCAAGGGCACGAUAUAUUCAUCGAGGGGACAGAUGACGUAGCUGACUUGGAGAAAACACGUAAUGCAUUCUCACUGCUUGGCAUCCGGGGAUCACAUCAAAUGGAGAUUUUUCGUAUUGUCGCUGCCAUACUCCACAUGGGAAAUAUUGAGCUGAAGUCCAGUGACAGAGAAGGGGAUAGCUGUUUCAUUGAUCAAAAUGACAAGCAUUUGAUACUUCUGUCCAAGUUACUGGGUGUUGAGAAGACGCAGAUAGCACACUGGCUAUGCCACCGUAAGCUUGUAACAGUUAAUGAGACCUAUAUAAAGCCCAUGUCAAAACAGCAAGCAACCAAUUCCCGGGAUGCUCUAGCAAAGCACAUGUAUGGUCAACUUUUCAAGUGGAUUGUGAACAGGAUUAACAAGGCAUUGAGCGCCUCUUCCAAGCAGCAUGCAUUCAUUGGAGUACUGGACAUCUACGGGUUUGAAACUUUCGAAGUUAACAGUUUUGAACAGUUCUGCAUCAAUUAUGCGAAUGAAAAGUUACAGCAGCAGUUUAACAUGCAUGUGUUUAAACUGGAACAAGAAGAGUAUAUGAAAGAAGAGAUUCCUUGGACCCUGAUAGAUUUCUAUGACAACCAGCCAUGCAUUAAUCUCAUUGAGGCAAAGCUUGGAAUCUUGGAUCUGUUGGAUGAAGAAUGCAAAAUGCCAAAAGGUUCAGAUAAGAGUUGGGCUCAAAAGUUGUACGGCAGACAUUUACAGUCCAGCCAGCAUUUUAAGAAGCCUAGGAUGUCCAACUCAUCCUUCAUCAUUCUGCACUUUGCUGACACUGUGAGUAUCCAUUCUGAACUUGUUGCUGAGCUCUUUCAUGACAAGGAGAGUGCAGUUCUGUCUGCAUCCGGUGGAAGGUCUUUCCCUGCCAAAAUGAACCUACGGUUUAGCAAAAAGAGUUUACCAGCCACUAACAAGGAGCACAAGAAAACUGUUGGAUCUCAGUUCAGAGAUUCUCUUCACCUUCUAAUGGAAACGUUAAAUUCUACAACCCCUCAUUAUGUGCGCUGCAUCAAACCCAAUGACCAGAAGCAGAAUUUCAGGUUUGAUAGCUUACGUGCAGUACAACAGCUAAGGGCAUGUGGUGUCCUAGAGACCAUUAGGAUCAGUGCUGCUGGCUUCCCAUCAAGGUGGACUUAUCAAGAAUUCUUCAGCCGUUACAGGGUACUCAUGAGAAAGGAGGACAUUAGCGGAAAUGAUAAAGAGCAAACCUGCAAGAGUACACUGGAAUAUUUAAUCAAGGAUCCAGACAAAUAUCAGUUUGGCAAGACUAAGAUCUUCUUCAGGGCAGGGCAGGUAGCCUACCUAGAAAAACUUCGAGCAACCAAACUAUUUGAAGCUUGUAUAAUGAUUCAGAAGGUGAUGAAAGGCUGGUCCCAGAGGAGACGUUACUUGCAGUUGCGUAGCUCAGUUAUUGCACUUCAAAAAUGCAUUAGAGGAGUUCUGGCAAGGAGGUUGGCUGAACACUUGAGAAGAUCCAGAGCAGCUGUAAUCAUACAAAAGCAAUACAGAAUGUUGGUUGUCAGACGUCUGUACUGCCUUAUUCUUGAAGCAACCAUCACUCUUCAAGCAUAUGUGCGUGGCAUGUUUGCAAGACACCGGUACCAUCAGAUGGUAGAAGAACAGAAAGCCAUUGUUAUUCAGAAGUAUGUACGUGGUUGGCUGACUCGCAGUGCAUUCCUGCAUGUACGGAACACUGUCGUCUACCUACAGUGUUGCUUCCGGAGAAUGCAAGCUCGUCGUGAACUGAAAACGUUGAAAAUUGAGGCCCGCUCAGUGGAACACUACAAGCAGCUCAAUAAAGGCAUGGAGAUCAAACUGAUGCAAUUACAGCAAAAGCUGGAUGAGCAGGCAAAAGAAAAGAAGAAUUUAUUGGAAAAGCUGGCAUCAUUAAAUGCAUUAUACUCAGCUGAAGUGGAAAAAUUAAAGAAUGAAGUAGAAAAAGAACGAGGACAGAAGACUGAGUCGUCCUGCAUUAUUUUGGCAAAGGAAGAGCUAAAGCAACUCCGUGGAGAGUUGGAGAAAUCUCAUGUGGAGCGCAGGAAAAUAGAAGAAACAUCUAGCCAAGAAACUGGAAACCUGAAAGAGAAAAUCACAGAGUUGCAAAGAGAACUGCCAAAGAUAAAAGAAGAAAACAGAGCAUUAAACCAAAAACUUCAAGACCAAACAAAGAAUAUGGAAGAUUGGCUUGCCCAAAAAGUGGCAGCAGAGAGCAAAAAACUGAUGGCUGAAUUGGAGGAAGAGAGAGGCCGAUAUCAGAAUCUGGUGAAUGAAUAUUCCCGUCUUGAGCAGCGCUAUGAAAACCUAGAGGAGGAAAUAACUUUCAGCAAGCAAAUACCACGACUCAGAAGAAACUUGUCUACUCCAAGCAGCCUGUUUUCAGACAGCACUGAUCAGUUAUCAAAUAUCUCUGAAUAUGGAGAUUUUGAAGAGACAGCUUCCUGCACAGAUUCUGUACAGGAAUUAGAUUUCAUAAAGACUACUACUGAAUCUGAACUUCUUCAACUGCAAAAGCGAGUACACCAUCUAGAGUGGGAGAAGAGAAAUCUGCAAGCAGAGCUGGAAUCCAAAGCACAGUUAAAUGAAGCAAAAGGUUUUUCAUCAGAAUCAGUGUAUGGAAAUUAUAAGGAUCUAGAAAACGAGAACCGUAAACUGAAGAGAGAGGUUGACCGACUGCAGAACAUUAUUGUGGGUGGUACUACUUUGAAGGUAGCUGAUGGAGAACCCACAAACUUUAGUACCAGCAAGCCACUGUUGAACCAGUUAAGUUUUGUCAAAGAGGAAUCAAAGAAACAGCAUGAAGGACAGUGCAUCCAAGUUCAGGCAGACAACACCGAAAUAAAUCAUAGUGUUCCAAAGAGAAAGGAAGGCAUGUCAAAUUUGUUUGGGCUAGCCAAAGAGGGUAGCAGGAUGAAUGAAGAAGAUCUAAGAUAUGCUUAUGAUGCAGUCCGUAUUGCUAACAGAUUACUGGAAAAUCAACUUUGUGAACACCAGAGGCAGCGAGAUGAAGAGGCAUACAAAUUUCAGAUUGAAAUCCGAGCCUUGAAGGAUGAAAUUGAUAAACAGCAGCAGACACUGGUACAAGCACUACAGUUGCCAUCUGAGGCACAAGUUGAUUUUGGACUUCAUCAGCAAAUAAGUCGACUGACAAAGGAAAAUCUGGAUCUUAUGGAGCAGCUUGAGACACAAGAUAAGAAUGUUCGUAAGUUGAAGAAGCAGCUGAAGGUCUACAUGAAGAAAGUGCAAGAUUUAACAGUGAAUGGUGUGACCAUAGUAAGUGAUAAAAGUCCAGACCUACUACAACGAGAAUCACGCAGGAAACUUUCUCUGCAGCAGAAGGACAGUACAUUCCAAGGAAUGCUGGAGUGCAAAAAGGAAGAUGAAGCACGACUUGUCAGGACAGUCAUUACAGAGCUGAAUCCUGAAAGUGUUUCAGGGCUGCUUCCUGGUUUGCCAGCUUAUAUUCUGUUCAUGUGUUUCCGAUACGCAGAUCACACCAAUGACCAGCAGAAAGUCUCAUCACUCUUCGCAUCCACAAUAGAUGCCAUUAAGAAAGUGAUCAAGCGAAACAGUAACAACUUCAACAUGCUAGCAUUUUGGCUUUCCAACACCUGCCGUCUGAUGCACUGCUUGAAACAGUACAGUGGAGAUGAGGACUCCAGUAAACUUAAUACACCUGAACAAAAAGAGCAGUGCUUUAAGAACUUUGACCUGACGAACCACUUUCGGGUAUUCAAUGACCUUGCUAUUCAGAUCUAUCGACAACUGAUACGUGCUGCUGAGAGUGAGGUGCAGCAAAUGAUAGUUGCAGGAAUGCUUGAAUGUGAAACUAUACAAGGCUUAUCACACGGGAUGCCAGCUGGCUUCAGAAAGCGAUCAACCAGUAUGUCUGAAAAAGAGAACACAUUCACACUGGACUCCAUUUUGCAACAAUUUAACUCUUUCUGGGAGAUACUCAACCGUUACCAGUUGGAUCCUGACCUCAUUAAGCAGAUAUUUCGCCAAGUUUUUUAUAUCAUUGGAGGUGUCACACUAAAUAAUUUACUGUUGAGGAAGGACAAGUGUUCAUGGAGUAAUGGAGUCCAAAUUAGGUUCAAUGUCAGCCAGCUAGAGGAAUGGCUUAGAGGAAAGCAGCUUCAUCAGAGUGGGGCUUUGGAGACCUUGGCCCCCCUAAUUCAGGCUGCUCAGCUCUUGCAGGUUAAAAAGAAAUCAGAUGAAGACGCAGAAGCAAUAUGUUCCAUGUGUACCUCACUCACUGUUUCACAGAUUGUGAAAAUUCUGAGCCUCUACACACCCCAGAAUGACUUUGAAGAGCGUGUGACAGUGAAUUUCAUAAGUUAUGUACAGAACCAGAUGAAGGGCAGAGGCAAAGAGGGCCAGCGUCAACUGCUUGUAGACACAAAGCAUCUAUUUCCUGUGAGCUUCCCAUUCAUUCCUUCUUCACUGCGAAUGGACAAGAUCCAAAUCCCAGAAAGCCUCCGCCUGAGUUUCCUAAACAGGGUUUGAAUGUUACAAUUUAUAAUUGCACUUGCAAGCUGGCAACAACUCUUUUUUUAUAGUGUUGACAGCAGUCACUGGAUUGUGCCACUGCAGCAUGCAGAGUUCUAAAGAUUGUGGCACUUCUACAUUUGUAAUUCAGCUUGUGUUUGUUUUUAACACAGAUUGUGUUGUUGCUUUUAAUUAGGUAUUACAAAAUGUAUUUUGAUAGCUGUAGUACUAUAUUGUUUUCUGUUUGGUAUACAUUUGGUAUUAUGGAGUUCCUUAGAACUGUUAAUCUCUUCUGAAAGCAGUUGAAAUGUUGAUGUGCUGGAGAGGUGAAUGCAUUCCACUUAUGAUGAAAAAAAUGCACUGAUCCUAGGAAGUUAUUCUAUAGUAUAUUGUCUUUAUGCUCAUUUUUGGCAUAUGCUGAUGCUCUGUGAUCUGCAGAUUUUUCCUUAUCACUACUACCUCUUAAGACUAACUGCACCCCCCCCCCCCCCACCAUCCCAUUAUCUUGGAAUGCCAGAAAAACCCAUUAAACAAAUAAUAGUUGGGCUGUUUAAUGACUUGGAAAGACAUAAUGGAAAGCUGACUAAACAUUUUACUUGUUGUUCAUUCUUGUGAUUGGUGCUCUGACUCCACUGCAAGGCUAGCUGUGUGUCAGUUUUUCUUUUAAACUUUUGCAUCUUUGUUUCCCCCAUCCGAGAUGCUAAAUUUAUAGUUUUUCUGUAGCUCCUGUCUAGCAUCAGAUGUCUGAGUGACUCAUUCGUUAGCUAUUAGCAUUUCCUCUUUUAUGACUAUUCACUACAGAUUAUACAAAAUAAUGAGUAAACCACAUUGCCUUUUCUCAGCUUAAGCAUUUCAUGUUUCCUCUUGUAUGUUUGUCUUUCAUUCCAGUGGAAAUGUACUGCAGGAGUAGAGUCAUAGCUAGGUUAGAGCAAAGAAAUAGAUGCCAUUAUUAAAUUUCUAGUCAGAACUUGAAGCACUGUUAGGACUCCAUGUGUGGUAUAAACUAUAGACAACUGCUUGUUACCAAUGUAGCAAGCAAGUUUGCUAGUUUAAAAGGAGAAGAUGUGUUUUUUUGUUCCUCAACUUAAAAGGCAGGGGGGGGGGUCACCAGAUUGGGGAAUGGCACCAGGCACAAAAAUAGCUAGCUAUAGAAUAUAGUGAUUUAGGGUCUACUACCUGUUUUUUUAUCUUAGUACUGAUUAUGCCUCUAAAACUGUAAACUAUUGUCAUAAGGCUUAGAGAUACACACACGUCUAUAUUUUUAUUACAUCACAGAUUUAUGGAAAAUAAAAUCUUCAUCCCCUCAGAUAAAUUUGCAUCUGUUGACAUUAUCGUCUUUCUAGUAAAUUAUUCACAUGUUAAUGUAGACUAAUAACAAAGCAUCAGGUUAUACAUGUUGCUAGGAGCUUCCAAUGCCAACUACAUUAAGAAUUUACUCUACAUACUCAUAUAAAACAGCAGGCAAAAUUAUCGACAGGUGGACCUUGUAUUUUGUUCUGACAGUGCAGGCAUUUAGACUUUGCUUGGAUUUUGCUGUUUGGUUAUUUUAUGUAGAUUCUUACUUUUAUGUAUUUUAGUUUCUUUCUCAUUGGACUGCAAUUUAUCAAGCAGCAGAGUUGGUUCUGAUUGUAUUCCACACCUGUAGGUAGUUCAGUGGGAAUACAUUUUGAUGAAGCCAUAUUCACUAAUGAAGAGCAAAGGAUGAAUUGGUGCACUGCAUUUCUGGAAUGGAAACUAAGUCAUGUCUACAUCUUAAUUUUCUAUAUUUUUACUGUAGGUCUGCCAUAUAUUUAAAGAUUCAACAAGAAAUGAGUACAUGUUUUGUUGAAUGUCCAAAUUAGAACAUAUUGAAAUCCCACUUUGUACUUUCUCUUGGAAAAAAUGCCAUAAUGUUGUUUGACUGUUGUUAAAUCUGUAAUA